AAACUCCAGUAGUAGUAUAGUAGCUGAAACAUAGUAAGUAUUUCCUUUCUCUCUCUCACUCACUCGACUCUUCUCCUCGAAAAAGGCCGUUUUUUCAUCGACGAUCGGAACUUCAGAUUGAUUCAUUCAGAGUAGAGAUUUUUCUACUUUCUCUCUCCUCCGAAAGAACGGAAUUUAUCGAUCAUUUUCGAAAUAUCUGUUUUUCAAUCUCCGAUCUCGAAUUCUAGGGUUCCGGCGACUCCAUUUUUAAAAACCUUCAUUUCUUUUGCUAUUUUAAUGGCGUCGGAAGAUGUGAAGACGACUGAAUCAGCUGUUUCGACGAUCGUUAAUCUGGCGGAAGAGGCGAAGAUUGCUAGAGAGGGCGUUAAAGCUCCGAGUCAUGCGAUUCUUAGUAUCUGCAAGUCUCUAGUUGCUGGUGGUGUCGCCGGUGGAGUGUCACGUACUGCUGUAGCUCCCUUAGAACGCCUGAAGAUAUUGCUCCAGGUUCAAAAUCCACAUAGCAUUAAAUACAAUGGAACUAUUCAGGGAUUAAAGUAUAUAUAUCAGACUGAGGGAUUCCGAGGAUUGUUCAAGGGUAAUGGAACUAAUUGUGCACGUAUCGUGCCAAACUCUGCCGUCAAGUUUUUCAGCUAUGAGCAAGCUUCUAAGGGAAUACUAUGGUUAUAUCAGCGACAGACUGGCAACGAGAAUGCUCAACUCACUCCUGUAUUGCGCCUUGGCGCUGGUGCAUGUGCUGGCAUUAUAGCAAUGUCAGCAACUUACCCGAUGGACAUGGUACGGGGCAGAAUUACCGUUCAGACUGAGAAGUCUCCUUUCCAGUACAGAGGCAUGGUCCAUGCACUGUCAACAAUUCUUCGCGAGGAAGGUCCACGAGCUUUGUACAAGGGCUGGCUUCCCUCAGUGAUUGGUGUUGUUCCAUAUGUUGGUCUCAAUUUUGCCGUAUACGAGUCAUUGAAGGAUUGGUUGGCGAAAGCGAGGCCAUUUGGAUUAAUACAAGAUGGUGAGCUGAGUGUGACAACAAGGCUUGCAUGUGGAGCUGUUGCGGGAACUAUUGGUCAAACUGUUGCCUAUCCUCUUGAUGUUAUUCGCAGAAGAAUGCAAAUGGUGGGUUGGAAUCAUGCUUCAUCUAUAGUCACUGGUGAUGGAAGGGGAAAGGUCCCCUUGGAAUACAAUGGAAUGGUCGAUGCAUUUAGAAAAACUGUCAGACAUGAGGGAUUCGGAGCUCUGUACAAAGGCCUGGUCCCUAAUUCAGUAAAGGUUGUGCCAUCCAUAGCUAUCGCAUUCGUGACUUAUGAGAUGGUGAAAGAUGUCUUGGGAGUUGAAAUGAGAAUAUCAGACUGAGGCGGAUGGAUGAUUUGAAGAACUCUUAAGACUGUGUGAUAAUUUUUUCUUCUUUUUGGUAGGCAAUUGGAAGAAGAUAGGUAAAUUUUGGUUGAUGUAUUUUUACCUAAUUAGAACAAAGUAAGCUAGUACCAGGUUGCUAGCCUGAUUUAUUAUAUGUUGUUUCUAUGUUUCCUGUCUUGGGGGUCCUUCAGAUAAUCCUUUUUGGCUUUGUCAGUUCUUCAUUCGAAUACUUAUAAUUUAAUAAGUAGUUGCUAAUAAUAAAUUGAUGGAUCCAUUUACAUA